UAAAUUACAAGAACCAAUCACUUUCUAUUACCAAACAAAAACAAUUUUCAAGCAGCUAUUCUUUUGGAAUCACUUGUUACAUGCAUCAUCUCCGACAACCAUAAGAAGAUAAACCAUAUAAAAUUUAGAAUUCCAUCGGCCACUACCAAUAAGCUAAAAUAUACAAGCAAGCGGUUGCUGUCCAAAAGACUCGAAAUCCCGUGAUGAAGGCUGUAGUGAUAACAAGUGCAGGUGAUCCAGAAGUAUUGCAGCUACAAGAAGUAGAAGACCCCAAAAUCAAAGAUGAUGAAGUCCUAAUCAAAGUUGAGGCUGCAGCCCUGAACCGUGGUGACAUCUAUCAAAGACAAGGCUUUUACCCUCCACCUCAAGGUGCUAGCCCUUAUCCAGGUCUUGAGUGCUCAGGCAUCAUUGAAUCCAUUGGAGAAAAUGUUUCUCGCUGGAAAGUAGGAGAUAAGGUGUGUGCUCUUCUAAGCGGAGGAGGGUAUGCCGAGAAAGUGGCUGUUCCAGCGGGGCAAGUUCUUCCUGUUCCAUCAGGUGUUACAUUGUCAGAUGCUGCCUCUCUCCCAGAGGUAGCUUGCACAGUCUGGUCAACCGUUUUUAUGAUGAGUAGGCUAUGCGUCAGUGAAACACUUCUGAUCCAUGGGGGCUCCAGUGGAAUUGGUACAUUUGCCAUUCAGAUUGCAAAGUUCAGAGGAGCAAAAGUUUUUGUCACAGCAGGGAAUGAGCAAAAAUUAGCCUUUUGCAAGGAUCUUGGAGCCGAUGUCUGCAUCAAUUACAAGACAGAGGACUUUGUAGCAAGGGUAAAAGAAGAGUCAGGAGGCAAAGGCGUUGAUGUUAUUCUGGAUUCUGUUGGAGCAGCCUACCUUCAGCAAAACCUUGACAGCUUAAAUAUUGAUGGCAGGCUCUUUAUCAUUGGCUCCUUGAGUGGAUUUGUCGCACAAAUAAAUAUUGGAUCUAUGUUCGGAAAACGGCUAACAAUCCAGGCGGCUGCCUUGCGAACUAGAAGUGCAGAAGAAAAAGCAGCAAUUGUUACUGAGGUGGGGAAGAAUGUUUGGCCUGCAAUUAUCUCAGGUAAGGUGAAGCCGGUAGUAUAUAAACACUUCCCACUAGGAGAAGCAGCAGAAGCUCACCGGCUUAUGGAAAGUGGCAAGCACAUUGGGAAAAUACUGCUCAUUUCAUAAGAAUGCUGAGAUAGUCUUGCAGCU